UUUCGUUUCGGCCCUCACCGUGGUUGCGGGCUCACUGUUGUAAUGGCUGCUGUGGGCUCCUUGCUGCAGAGAAGGGUGACUGGGGAGGGGAGCUGAAGGGCUAGAAGACUUUAAGAAACGUUGAAGAUAAAGGCGCCGACCAGACAGUUACACACCACUGGAGGUCGACGCCUGCCAGGGGCUGCGUUGCAGCCACGGAAGUGUUCGUCGGGCACGGUUCUCCGGCACGUUGGAGAGAGGGGACACCGGGUUCCCUGGCGGGAUGAGCGGGCCCGGGCAGGACACCGAGCCCGAGGCGAAAAUACUGCAUACGAAGCGACUGUACCGGUCAGUGGUGGAGUCCGUUCACAAGCUGGAUGUUAUAAUUGCCAACAAGUCAUCCUACAGGGAAGUCUUUAAACCAGAAAACAUCAGCCUCCGCAACAAGCUAAGGGAACUGUGUAUUAAACUUAUGUUCCUUCAUCCUGUGGAUUAUGGGAGGAAGGCCGAAGAGCUACUUUGGAGGAAAGUUUAUUAUGAAGUUAUACAACUCAUCAAAACGAAUAAAAAGCACAUUCAUAGCCAUAGUACUCUGGAAUGUGCUUACAGGACCCACCUGAUUGCUGGUGUUGGGUUUUACCAGCACUUGCUUCUUUACAUACAGUCUCAUUAUCAAUUGGAACUGCAAAACUGUAUUGACUGGACCCAUGUUACCGAUCCUUUAAUUGAACGAAAGAAGCCAGUUUCUGCUACUACAAAGGAAAUGGAAUGGGCACAGAUGGCUUGCCACCGUUGUCUUGUCUAUUUGGGGGAUCUCGCUCGUUACCAGAAUGAGCUAGCAGGUGUAGAUGCAGAACUACUUGCAGAGAGAUUUUAUCAUCAAGCUUUAUCAGUGUCGCCAAACAUAGGAAUGCCUUUUAACCAGCUUGGAACGUUAGCUGGAAGCAAGUAUUAUAAUGUGGAGGCUACUUAUUACUACAUGCGAUGCAUCCAAUCUGAGGUUCCCUUUGAUGGAGCCUAUGGUAAUUUGAAGCGACUUUUUGAAAAGUCUGCCAAGAUGUAUCAUCAGGUGAAAAAACAGGAACUGAAGAAGCUGACCCCAGCAAAACAGAGGUCUCAAGACAUUAAAAGAUUGUUGGUGAGCUUUAUGUAUCUCCAGGGCCUCUUCCAACCUAAGAACAGCUUACUGGAGUCAGACUUAACAUUCCUUUGCCAGUCUGUUUUGGAAGAUUUUAAUCUGGUCCUCUUUUACUUGCCCUCCCCUUCACAUUCUUCAUUGACUACUGAAGAUGAUGAUGACCAUGAAAAUCGCUACUCUUUCGUCCCUGACUUACUCACGUUUAGAAUGAUGGUCACAUGUCUCAUGGUUGUUCAUAACCUUAAAAGAACAGGCUCUAAGCAAUACAGUGCAGCUAUUGCUUUUACAUUGGCACUAUUCUCUCACUUGGUGAAUCAUGUUAACAUUCGCCUUCAGGCUGAAUUAGAAGAAGGGGAAAAUGAAGUUUCUGCAUUGCAUACUGAUAAUGCAGAUGACCGGGAACUUAAGGAUCCUUUAAUAUUAACAUUAGAGGAGAGAAAUAUGCAGAAUGGAACAGCUGAUGAGGAAGAUGGCGAUGAAGAUGAGAAUGAAGGGAAAAUCGGCUUAGAAAGCAAUCAUAAAGGUGGAAUUUCAGAUGAGUUAAAGAAGUGCACCAAGAAGAAAUAUUCCCGACUGUCCAGGUUGCGUCGACGGCGGUACACUCGUAAAGAGGAUGAGAGUGACCUAAGUGAAGGCUUUGACAGUGAGGGAGAGAUUGGAGCAGAUGAUGAAAACAGAGAUCUUGUUCCUGGAAAAUGCAGUAAAGAUACUGUUUCUCCAGAAUUAAAUUUGAUAUCUGAGUCUGUAAGCAGCAGACAAUCCGGUAAUGCCUCAACACCCUGGGACAGUGGAUCAGACAAAAGUGAUGGGGCAGAUGAAGAGGAAGAGGAGGAAGAAGAGGAGGCAGAAACAGCAUUUGAUGUUGAAACUGAUUCUGAUAUGAAUAGUCAAGAAUCUCGUUCUGAUCUAGAAGACAUUGAAGAAGGUCCAAAGGAACAGACUCAAGUGGACUUUGCAGAAGGCGGUCUUAAUACAGUAUCAAAUGCUAACAAUGAACAGGAAUCCCAUAUGUUUGAAACCUCUAAAGUAAAUGACCUCACAGAUGGAAGGAUGGAUGGCAACACUUCAGUGAAUGGACCCAUUUCCGCCCUAGCCCUUGGAAGCAGCAACAAUGAUUCCAGUAUUGCCAGUAAUCUCCAGGCAAUGUCUUCUCAGCUAUUCCAAACAAAAAGAUGCUUUAGGCUUGCUCCAACUUUCAGUAAUGUCCUGCUAAGACCUUGUAAUCCACAUUCUACUCCAGUAGAGCCAGUUCCACCCUCCAGUAGUAAGCCUCUGAAUAGUGCUAGCAGUCCAGAAACAGCUACCACUAAUGGAGCUCUCAACUGUCCCAAUGAAAAUGAUGGUGGCUCCGAUUCAGAAGGAAGUGUGACAAGCAACCAUUCCUGUUUAAAUGAGAAGGCAAUCCCAGAACGAGUGGAAAUUUUGAUGGGUCAAGGUCUGCUUCCUGCUGUCAAAAUCUUCCUGGACUGGUUGAAGGCUAACACGGAUAUUAUAGUUAUGUGUGCCCAGAGCUCACAGAGCCUGUGGAAUAGACUGUCUGUGCUUUUGAAUCUCCUGCCUGAUGGAAGUAAGAUUCUUGAAGCUGACUUGCACUUAUGUGAAGAGGUAACUGACCUUUUGAGUGAAUGUGAGUGUCCUGAGCUUAAACAGAGCCUGCUUCUUCCGGAAGAUGUGGCAUUGCGGCAUUUACCUGCUUUGCGAGUCGCUCACAAAAAGCUGAAUUUUGAACAUGACCAACCUACACUUAGUUUACUGGAGGAGUCAAUUGUGAGGCUGUGCUGCAUUCGCAGUUUUGGUCACUUCCUGACUCGUCUUCAAGGUAGUGUACUACAUUUUAAUGCAGAGGCUGGUAUCUUUACCAGUGUCUGCCAAUCAGAAGAGGAUAACCUAGUACAGCAGGCCAGAGCUCAGUUUCGUAUGGCGGAGGAAGAAGCACGUAGGAACAGGCUGAUGAGGGAUAUGGCACAGCUACGUCUGAAAUUGGAGGUGUCACAGCUAGAAGGUAGUCUACAGCAACCAAAGACCCAGACCUCUAUGUCACCCUACCUUGUGCCUGACACUACCACACUGUGCCAGCACUUGGGGCUCAUCAGACAACUUGCAAGCAGUGGCCGCUUCAUCAUUAUUAUCCCUCGCACAGUCAUUGAUGGGCUAGAUUUCCUCAAGAAAGAGAAUGCUGGUGCCAGAGAUGGAAUUCGCUUCCUAGAAUCAGAAUUUCGCAAAGGAAACAGGUAUAUUCGGUGUCAGAAGGAGUCUGGGAAAAGCUUUGAGAGGCAUAAACUGAAGAGAGAUGACAUAGAUGCCUGGCACCUGCACAAAAUUAUUGAUAGUUGUCGUCAGCUGACAGUUUCACAGGGUAAUGGAGAAGAGGAUACUGCGGGAAUGGUGACAAUCUUGACAGGAUUUCAAAUAGACGAAGAUAACUUUUCAUCUCUGUCUCCACACAUGCAGUCUGCUGUUCAGGCUGUUGUUGCUGCUGGGAUAGAAAUAAAAAAUGUGUUGGAUUUCUACAAGCAAUGGAAGGAAAUGGGUUGAAGAUGAAUUGCCGAGAUGCUCUGGCUUUCAAUAAUUCUCCCACAGAAAUGCGCGCGUGCACACACACACACAAAAACACAUGCACACACAAAACACAUACACUGUUCUGUGUGUGACCCUGAAAAAGGAGGCAAGGAAGAAAAGUACAAUCCGAUUGAGCAUAGCAAAGUGGCUAUAUGGGGGAAAAACAGAAUAGAAACAACAUUUAAAAGUGAGAAAGUGCUCUUGCUUAAAAUAACUGUGUGUGUGUAAUAUUAUAUAUAUAUAUAUAUAUAUAUAUAUAUAUAUAUAUAUAUAUAUAUAUAUAUAUAUAUAUAUAUAUAAAUACACCAAGUGGUGUGUUUUUGAAGCAGCAUAAAAGUGAAGUAAGACAAGCUUGUAUGUCCCAAUGCUUCACUUUUUUAUUUUAUAAUGGAGGUGGCACAAGGCGGUCUAGUGCAGUUGGAGACUUACUUUUAAGCUUUUUCUGCCCAGGGUUGCCUCCAUGCCCUUUAUCUGCAAAGUCCUAUUUUUAAUAAGUGAAACAUGGAAAGCAGUUGAGAAAGAAAAAAAUAAAAGUGAAUCCAAUGGGCUUUGUUGUGUGUUUUUUUUUUUUUUUUUUAGCCAAAAGUCCAAGUCUUUUUUGGACUUCAUCGUAUAUGUGUAAAUUGUCAGGGAUUAAUUUAAUUUUAAUUUUUUUUUUUUUUUACUGUUUAAUGUACUUUUAAAAAAGGAAAAGAUGGUGUAAUAAAUUGCUUUGGCUUGGGAAAGUGGUUAGUCCAGUCUCCCUAUGCAUAAAAUUUGUACUGCCCUCUCCUUUAAUUUUGACAUUAUUUUUGGGCUAUACUCCAGAGUGUCAAAAAGUAGCAAAACUUUCCUUUCACCACCAACAACUAAGCAAAAAGGAAGUGGUCUUGCCCUUGAUCCUGUUUAGUUCUCACAACAUUCUAAAAAGCAGGUAAUGUAAUGAUGGGGCAGGGGAUUUAAACUAUUUUCUUUUAUUGUCUGACUACUCUGGUAAACCUAAAAAAAAUUAUUCUACCUCCAUUCUGUACAGCUAUCAGAGGCAGAGGUGGAGAUUAGCAUCAUUUUGGAUGAUUGCCAGUUUGGGUGUCAGCUACUUUAGCAUUAUAUUGUGGUUAAAAAAAAAAAAAGCCUCGCUCGGCACAAAUAUAACAUUGUCUGUUGGGAUUGUUGGAAGAAUUUUGAUGCAAUUUUCACAAGUCUUUCAGUAAUGUAAGUGUGCAUCAAAGCUGCCUCAUAUGUUUGUGAAAAUAAUUUGCCAAAAAAGUGCUUGGAAUUAAUUUAACUUCUCCUGUGCUUGUUUUGAGGGACAUUGGUCAGGGAAUAAGGAUCACUUAAACACAUUCCUGACACAAUUAAGAUGUGAAAUUCAUUUCUUUGAAAGUCCCUUGACACCUUAACAGCCAUGUCUCUAGUCUUCUCCCUAUAUAAAAUACAACCAGGCUGUAAUUAAAGCGGAAGAUUUCCAGUGAUAA